UAGAAAUUCCACACAAAUGACAGAAACAGAACCAAAAAGGAAUCCAGCUGCAGGGACGAUGAGGAUUGCAGUUGUAACGGGGGCCAACAAAGGACUCGGAUUUGGGAUAUCUAAACAGCUAGCUUCAAAUGGGAUCAAGGUGAUAUUGACUGCUAGAGAUGUGCAGAGGGGUAGUGAAGCUGCUGAAAAACUCAGGUCUGCUGGAUACUCCCACGUGUUAUUUCAUCAACUUGAUGUUACCGACCCAGCUAGCAUUUCUUCUCUCGCCAAUUUCAUAAGUUCCCAGUUUGGUAAGCUUGACAUACUGAUAAAUAAUGCAGGGAUUGCUGGAAGCAUAGUAGACCCAGAGUUUCAAAAGAACCACGUAAUAGGGCUUGAUGGAAUAGUAGGAGAAAAAGCCCCGUUCGUUAAAAAAUUUGUGAAGCAAACUUACGAACUUUCGAUGGAUUGUCUACAAACAAAUUAUUAUGGGAUGAAGCUAGUUUGCAAAGAACUGAUUCCACUUCUUCAAUUGUCUAAUUCGGCAAGAAUAGUAAAUAUCUCCUCCGUCCUGGGACAACUACGGUUUAUCUCAAAUGAGAAGGCAAAGGCGCUAGGAGAUGUAGAUGAACUCACAGAAGAGAAAGUGGACAAGGUGGUAGAAGGGUUUUUAGAAGAUGUCAAGGAGAACCUGAUAGAAGUCAAAGGAUGGCCUACAAAUUAUUAUGCUUAUAUUGUUUCCAAGGCAGCUCUCAAUGCUUAUGCAAGGGCUCUGGCUAAAAACUACCCCAACAUUGCCAUUAACUCGGUUAGUCCUGGCCACAUCAAGACAGACUUGAAUGGCAACACCGGAGUGUUGAGUGUCGAAGAAGGUGCUAAAGGUCCUGUAAUGCUAGCUUUGAUGCCUGAAGGUGGACCUUCCGGCCUCUUAUUUGAUAGGACUGAAAUGUCAACUUUUUAACUGAUAGCUGAUGCAAUACAAUGCAGUUGUAGUUUUUUCAGUUCAUACAAUUUGGUCUAUCUUUUUUCUUUACUUGGA